ACUGAAUGUUGGUGGUACUGCGUCAAAUACAGCUAUGUCUAUCUACAACUCCGGAACGUUCACAAGAUCUAGUGGACUUAUCAGCGCGAUUUCGAAACAGUUACGCUCUGUGACUCUGAAACCUGUUAAAAAGAUUUCAGUCAAAUUUGAUCCUUUCCAAGAAAAUGUCACAGAAACGAGAAACUUCCUGUUCCACAUUUCUUCCCCUAAGAUAUUGUCGUCAAAUACUAGUUGCGCCAUCAAGACAGACAUUCUUUGUGACCGAAGUGAACCCAUCAUAAGCUUCUUUCUUGUUAAUGGUGAAUCAGUGAUUUUCAAAAGCAAGAACCUGACUGCCCUUGAACUGUUGCAAUUGUACAACAAGCACAUAACACCUCUUGCACCAGCUGAACAGCCUGCCUCAACUGUAAAGACUAAAUCUGAGAGAAAGGCUGCAGGGAGACGACAAUAGAAGAAAAUUUUCAAAAUCAUGGCUAGGCACCGAGAUCAGUAUAGUUUGAGACUUAUUGACACUCUAUACAAUCAGGUCCCAGCAUUUACAGACAUAUUUGAUGAAGAGACUUGGUAUAUAUUUUGUGCAUGUUUUGUUGCAGGUACU